AUGUCUAGUGUUAUCGAACGCGUCCGCGCAAGAGAGGCCAUCAGCCCCACUGAGGUCAAGGAUUCUUUCGACGAGAGACCACCUGUUCGCCCGAGCUUCAUGCUAGGUGAAUGGCAAGGCCUUGCUGUCCUGACGGGCAACAAGCUCGUGGAGGUCCUUCACAGUGUCAAAUGGGCUGGGAAGAAUUUCUAUGGAGUCGACCAGGUUGAGCCCAUGGUGUGCCUUGACGACAAUGGCUGUCGCUUUUGUAACCCCAAUUGGGGUGGUGCGCGGAUUCGCGAAAUUAAAUAUAACGACACUGUGUCCGCUGCAAUGGUCUAUAAUCAACGACCUGUUAUUGACCAUUUUCGCUAUGUUGAUGAGAAUACAGUCAUUGGGGUGAUGGAAAGCCUUGAUCAUGACAAAUCUAGCCAGGACGAAGACCGUUUGUAUUUUACCCUGGAACGGAUCAAGUGA